AUGGCCGACACGCUCACGAGCUACCUCGAAUCCCAAGCCUCCCUCGUUCAACAAGCCGCGCUCGCGCUCCCCCACCAAUUCUCCACCUGCACCCAUUCCCAGGGCUACAUUCGCCAAUCUAUCUACCUUUGUCUCACCUGUGCUCUACCCCGCGGUAUCUGCUCUGCGUGCUCCAUAGCCUGCCACACCGACCACGAACAGCUCGAGCUCUUCCCGAAACGCCACUUUCGAUGCGACUGUCCCACUACAUCGAUCCCACAUAAAUGCACGUUGCACAAAGGAACAGAGGGCGGAGAGGAGGAUAAUGCGGAGAAUCAUUAUGGUCAGAAUUUUGAGGGAUUAUUUUGUAGAUGUGGGAGGACGUAUGAGGCGGAGAAGGAGAGGGAGACCAUGAUCCAGUGUUUGGCGUGUGAGGACUGGUUUCACGAGUCAUGUCUUCACCUCCGCGAGCGACCAUCCUCGCGAGAAUCAACACCCGUGCCCGACGCGUGCCCGACGACCCAAGGUGGGCCACACGACGCGUCUACAAGCACUGCCCAAGACGCGAACGCGACAGCCCCUGUCCCAGACGAUAGCCAUGAUAAUGACGAAGACGACGCCCAUUCCGACGCGUCUUCUUCAGGUCUACCGCCCCCAUUGAUCACAGCCUCAGACUACGACGCCCUCAUCUGCAGCUCCUGCGUCCGGAAGAUACCCAUCUUGCAACGAUGGGCAGGCACACCUGGCGUCAUGAUGGUCGUGCGCGAUCAUUCCAGCUCGCCUUGGAAGGUUCUCAAUGGCGAUACGUCGAACUCUAAGGCUAGUCGUACCGCGACAGACGCAGAGUCCCAGGACGUUUCCGUGGUGGAUACAUCCACGGAAGUAUCAAUAACGACGACGACGGAAUAUAAACUAGGAGACAAAAGACCCCUAUCUCCCUCUUCCCAUGACCACGACAUCACAACCACAGACUCCAAAAAACCACGAACUUCUCCCCCACCCUCGACGGCUGAUCCGACUCCGACCCCGUCAACAUCCCAAUCCCGAUCCCGAUCCCAAUCCCACUCACGCCGCUGUCUCGCCCCGCCCGUCGACCCAACUGCCCAAAGGAUCUACGCCUCGCUACGAUCUGAGGCUCAGGCUCAGGCUCCCAACCUCACUUCCACUUCUUCGUCCGUUUCUACUUCCGAUGUGGCGACACUACCCGAAUGUGAAGGGGAUAUCUUCCUCACGGACGACUGGCGAACGAGAUGGUGUCGUUGUGACUCCUGCCUGCCACAGCUGGAAGUGCAACCUUACCUGCUAGAAGAGGAAGAAACCUACGAACCGCCGGAAGAUCCUGAUUCACAACUCUCCCUCGAAGAACUUGGCGUGCGAGCUCUAUCGCGUAUUCCGCGUGAACGCGCACUCGAUGGUAUCCGGGCGUUCAACGACAUGCGCGACUCCCUUGUCUCCUUCCUCCGCCCCUUCGCACAACAGGGCAAGAUCGUCGCAGAGGACGAUAUUAGGGGAUUCUUCGAGGAGAAGCGACAGGGACAGGGAGGGAGCUCAUGAAUUUUUCGUUCGCGGAGGUAGACUUAGACUUCUUGCUUUACUGUUGUACGUCCGAGUCUUUCUUGUGCCACGC